AUGGCGCUCGCACACGGACUACGCACAAUUGGCGUUCUCGGCGCUGGGCAGAUGGGUCUCGGUAUCACGUAUGUGUCUGCGCUGCAUGCACGUGUACCAGUCCUGCUGUACGACCGCUCGACGGCGCAGAUUCAAAGUGGGCUCAAGCUGAUGGACAAGCUGCUCGCGAAGGACGUCGCAAAGGGCAGGAUCACAGCUGAGCAGGCCUCUGAGGCUCGCGAACGAGUCACCGUGGUUGACCAGGAGAAGGCAAUCCAAGGGAUGAGGGAUGUCGACAUGGUCGUUGAGGCAGUAUCAGAGAAUUUGUCACUAAAGCAGUCCUUGUUCCGAACAUUAUCUGCUGAACUACCUCCAACUACGAUUCUUGCAUCCAAUACGUCAUCGAUUAGUAUCACGAAGAUUGCUGCGGCAACAAUUCCAGAGGGCCACUCUGCCGCCGAUGAGCAGGGCAGAAAGAGCGCAGCUCGAGUUGUCGAGGUGACCACAUCGCAGGAUGUGCCAGGCUUCGUAUCUAAUGCGCUCCUCAUGCCCUUCAUCAAUGAGGCCAUAAUGUGUCUAGAGAAGGGCGUGGCGACGCGAGAUGAUAUCGACAAGACACUGAAGCUGGGCAUGAAUCAUCCGAUGGGUCCCCUGCAAUUAGCCAUCCAGCAAACGCUCUACGUAGGCACUGGGGACUCCAAAUACCGCCCCAGUAUUCUCCUGGAGCGCAUGGUAGACGCAGGGUGGUAUGGGAAGAAGAGCGGCAAGGGUUUCUACGAAUACCCGCAGUGA